UUGAGGUUAGGCCAGCCUACUAAACACGAGUGAUUCUUUGAGGUUAUACGGUCACAGAAAAUAGUCUUUUGAUUUUAAGCACUGAUUGUAAGUCACAAUAUUGGUUUACUAAAUUUUGAUAGAUGGUCAAAAUGAAUGUUGUUAUGACGGAGGAAGAGAGAAAGAUUCUUCACUUUUUAAAAUCUCAAGGCUGCUGUUUGAGAUGUUGCUUUCGUUUUGUUGGAUAUCGUAUGUCGGAAUGUUAUUGCAAACCUGUCGAAUUUGCGACACAGUUAAAUUAUACUGAUGGAAAAAAUGACCCUUCUUCUGAGGAAGCACCUUGCGUUGUAUGUUUAGGAGUUCUUCAGGAUAAGGCACAAGAAGAUGUAGUUACAAAAAUAACAGAAAGAGUGAAGGAGAAAGAUUAUGAUUGUACAACUUUCCAUUGUGCAUUAACUGUUCCUGUAUCAGUAAAGCUCAGAGAAUACAUACUAUAUGCUUACAUAUCCAAUGAAACAGAUGUUGACAAAUCUAAUUUAAGUGCUCUUAAAACAAAAUUACAAAGUGUCAAAGAUAUUUGGAAAUUGUUUAUGAUUCCUCAACUCGAACAAGCUAUAGGAAAACGUACUGAUUUAUUGACACCGUCUCCUUUUCUCAUUGAAGUGUUCCUAACGUAUGAUGACGACGAAACAAUAUUUAAAACAUUAAUGAACAAAUAUAAGGGAGAUAAUAAUAAACAGAAAAAGAGAAAAUACGAUAAUAAUAAAUUUAGUAGAAAGAACGUUGAAACUUUACUGAUGGAGAUGACGAAUGAGCAAUUUAUGCAACAUUUUACGAUCUCACAAAUUAUACCGGAAAAGUUCGUUUAUAUCAGCGAUAUUUUGUGUUCACAUAGCAGUAUUUUCAUAGGAGGACGUUACAAUAAACUCUCCAGGAAACUCAGCCAGACGCCAUGGUUCAUAAACGGUGAAAAGAAAGUGGAAACCUCGGUGCAAGAUCUGCUCUGCAAUCCCAUCGCGGAAAUUGUGAAAGCGGAAUCGAUAAAAUUUUUAUCGUCAGGAAGGGAAGAUGUGGACGUCAGAAACAUAUACAACGGUCGACCAUUCGCUGUUGAGCUAUUGAACCCUCGCAUGACAAAUAUCACAAAUGAGCUUUUGACGCAUCUGACUGAUAAUAUCAACGAGUCAACUAAACAAGUUCAAAUAACAUCGAAUUUAAAGGUUCUUUCAAGGUUCGAUUUGAAGAAACUUAAAGAAGGUGAAAAUGUUAAGACAAAAUUUUAUCGAGCGCUGUGUGUUUGUCGAGGCAUGGGCGGCGAUUUACCACAGUUAGAGCAUUUAAAUAAAAUGGAAAACAUCAAAAUUAUUCAAAGGACACCAGUGAGAGUAUUGCAUAGGCGACCUUUGAGUCCGCGAACGCGCAUUAUUUAUAAGAUGCGUGCGCGUUGGGCGAAACCACAUGAACUGAAGGAAUUGCUGAACACUGCCGCGGAGAGUGCCGACGCGUUUUUCGUUCUUGACGUCAAGACGCAAGCGGGUACAUACGUAAAAGAAUUCGUGCACGGAGAUUUCGGUAGGACCAAGCCGAGUCUGUGCGAUUUCCUUAAUGUUGAAGUAGAUAUUGUCGCAUUAGACGUCACGAGUAUUAAUUUGAAAUGGCCGUAACGCGAAUCUAACUCUAUAUUCUUAAUAUUAAAUUCAACUAAAAAAAGAGAUUACAAUAUAUAUAUAUAUAAAAGCAUUGAACAUGAAAUGUAUAUUGUCGAUGUGUGAAUUAAUAAAAAUGUCUUUUAAACCUUC